GCGUUCUGAUUUCAUAGUGCAAUUCCACAUCCAGACAGCGAGCUCCUCACAGUCUGACAGUCAGCCAAGACAACAAGCACUUAUCUCGUAAUGUGAAGGUUUCACACUGUAUCUCCUGUUCCCAGAUUUCCCAGUUUUUCUGAGACAGUGCCCCAGCUUCGUCAACCAUGUUUGCGACACGGACCCGAGACAUCAAUGUAGUGGGCGACGGAAACGUUCUGCUGUUCGGCCGCGUGGUGGAUGUGGCGAAGAACGGGCUCUACAUCGAUCUAAAGUGCCCCGGCCGUCGACGCGAACUCGUCCCUUUCGAGCGCCUCUUUCUGUCCCGGCCCAUGCACUUCGACGACUGGGAGUAUGGUACCAACAUGAGGCGGCGCUCAUGGGAGACGAUCGCCGUCGAAGUGCUCCGGCGGGAGUAUCCCGGUGGGCGUGGCGCUGGUGGCCCGGGACCUUGCUGAAUGCGGCGCCGACCUCAUCGUUUUGGUCUGACCACCCUCCAGCGGGGGUCGUUCAGGGACAGGAGGACAGCGGCGCCACCUGGACGGACCUGGUCCCCAGGCACCGCCUUCGUUGCCGGUGCCAGCAGACUGGUGGACGGAUCACUUUGCGGGGGGAUAUACGUUGGCGACGCACACUGUGACACGUCUUUGGCCUAUUGAACCGGGACGCUUUGUCAAGCGCAGUGUACCGUUGCCGGCUGGGUGUCGUGCGACGCUGGCAUCAAAACUCCUGAAAAUGUUCAGGACGAUGCAGGCUAAAGAGCGACGGGUCUCCAAACAGCUGAUCAGUAUCGAUGUCGCGGAUGAACAGUUGCACUUCAUUGUGAACCUGCAUGGUGACGUUGGGUUUCCGCUGCGGCAAGACGAAGACAAGGCUCAGAAAAUUGUUUUGGCUUUGCUUGCGGCCAUGAUUGAUCGUCUUCCGAGAAUCUUGCGUGCAGUGGAGGCUCCUGAUGAUUCCUUGCAUAUCUGCGGGACGGGGGAUGAACCCUGCGCCCUGGGUAUCGAUGAGUGGCAGGCAGUGUUCGCCCAUCUGGACACGAUGACACAGACAAAACUCCGUGGGGUGUGCCCGGCAUGGAACGGUGUACUGGAGUUGCCUACCUUGACGGGCAACAUCUUCAUCGAGACGGACGCGGCCAGUCGACAUUUGCCUGAUCUGCAAUACAUUCUCACGGCGCCGCUCUUCAACUGCCUGCGCUCUGCCACCAAACAUAUUAUCCUUCACGAUCGCGGCCAAUGCGUCACCUUGGCGGAUUUGGACGGCCUGUUGAGCUUGCUUCGCUACGUAUCGCGAAUCUAUUCCGGGAUCCGUCUGACGGCGCUGUAUGCGGUCGGCGUCACCCAGUUGUCGAAAUACGUCUCAGUGACCAGUGCAUGGUGCGGCGUACACCUUCCCGGCUUCGUUCCCGUGGCGGCGCCCUUCUUCAGAGACCACCUCGAUGCUCUGAUCGCACCUUGCCGCGAUCUGCCGUGUGCUACCAUUCAUCUGGUGCGAUGUCAGAUGCGUCUCACGUACCGUCUCACGGACCUGAAAGGGUUUCGGAAAGCUCAUGGGCAGUGGAAUUUGAACUUGUCUGUUGAUUUCGUCAAGACGCGGCUGCCGCUGACCGGGGAUGUGGCGUCCACGCUGUGGGAUGCGGUGGAAGCGGCGUUGCCGGCGCCCGGCGACGAUGAGAUGCGAGUGCUGGCGGAGUGGCUGAAAACGAUCACUGCGGACGGGAGGCAGAAACGGUAUCGCAUUGCAGUCUGCCGGCUGUUAUGCGCGACACAGACCGCAGAUCCGCGCCCGUCCGCGCAGUACCGCGGGAAGAAAUGGUGCACGGGUGGAUUGCAGGACCAAAAAUUUGCAGCCCCCUGGGGGGGGGGCGCGAAGCGCCCCCCCUAGAGGGGCGUCCAUCAUUGAUUUUCCACUAUUUCAGUCCCUGCUGGAGCCUGGCGUGCAAAUUCUGGUUGUUGAAUGAGCGCAGUUCUCCGUUCCCGAUUUUGACUUGUAUAACUGUAUUGCUAAUUCUGACUGGUAUAUAAGACCAGACUGGUAAUAUUUUUCCUUUUCACCAUAACUGUUUUGAUUCCUGCAUCCUCUGUGUCUGUAGGCAUGCCUCUGUCUGUCUCAUUGUAGCGUCUGUCUUUAAUCGCAUCCCUGUGCACUGGCAGACGCCAGACGGUUCCCCAGAGUUCCAUCGUCAGCUAUGUUUGUGGAACGGACCCGUGACAUCAACGUAGUGGGCGAUAACAACGUCCUGCUGUACGGCCGCGUGGUGGACGUGGCGAACAACGGGCUCUACAUCGGGCAAUAUCGCAAUAUACGGAUAUGGUCAGAUUUGCAUAAAAUGGACUGAUUUUGACUGUUUCUUACUCAGAAUUUUUUUCUGAAUCAAAUAAGCCGGGACAGGAACGGAUCCGAAGUCACGUGACUGAGCUACGGGCUAAUUUGCAUAUUAGGUGCUUUGUUAUAGUUUUUGUAUGG